CCGCGGGAGGCGUGUGACCCUGUCGCGCGAGCCGCGCCACGACCUCCGCUCUUCGUGGACUCGGGAGCCGCGCGUGUGGGUUCGGGGCGGUGGCGGGUCACCUUCGCGAGGCCGACCGAGGAGGAUCCUGGGCUGAAAGUAUUUGUAGCGGCCUUUCGGUCUGGCCAGGCUUUGGACAGGAUAAGAGGAAUCACGAGGAGCGCGUAUAUAACGGAUUAAAAUGGCAGGAAAAGAGUUUCUGGAUCUUCCUGUGGGGAAAAAAUUCAAUAUAGGAAGAGUCCCAGCAGCAGUCUGGGAAAAGAGGUUUGAAAAGCUUACCCCACGAGAUCAAAAUUUAUUCCAAAAUGGAGGUUUCGCCCUUGCAUUAAAUUCAAGUCUCUGUGCCUUAAUAUCUAAUAACGCAAUUAGGAAUGUCCUGAAUAUCACACAGAGUCGUUACUCAACAGUUUCAACCAUGGUCUUAUUGCCAUUCAUCUCAACUACAGUUGCUUAUGAAGGCACAGUAAAAAGCUCUUUGAUGGCAGGUAAUUUAAACUGUGAAGUCUGUGCUACGAUCAGAGGAGGCUUAGUGGGAGCCGUCGUAGGCUAUUUAUAUCCCAUUAUUCUAGCGCUGCCUCUGAAUGCAUUGCUGGCCACAAGGUACCAUACUUCUCCCAUGCCAAAUAAAGAGAAUGCAGUGCGAUUCUGGAUAUCGCUUAGUAAACCAGUUUUCAGAAAGACGAGACUUGGUGCUGUCAUCCAAGCUGCAAUUGGAGCAUAUCUUGGCUCAAAACAUCACGAAAUAUAUCUCAAAAUGCUCCGUAUGCCUGAACCUGGAAGGGAUCCUGAGGAAUUCAGAGAAUAAAACUUAAAAGCUGUUUAGCCUUUA